AAAUAAUUGACCAGGAAGUGAUUCUCUUAAUGUCAUUACACGCUCGUGUGUAUUUUUAUGAAUUUAUGAAUUACAGUAUAAGAAUGGCAUCACUGUUGCCACUGCAAUCAAUAUAAUAACAUUUAGUGUAACGUUUUAUGGUAUGGAAACGUGUAACGCUUGCAUGGGAUAGGAUACUCGAGUUCAUUGUAUUUGCGUGGUUUCAAUAUCGUGUGCAGUGAGCUAACUAACUGCUGUAGCUAUUAGCUUACUAAAUAUGUAAACUUGUCAUGUGAUAAUGUGAAAUUAUUUUGGUUAUACCCGGGUCACAACAUAUUUAUUUGGGCUGUAGCAGACUGACUACUGCCAGGAUUGAACCCAACCAUGAAUAUAACUGUGUGCUCUUCAGUGCUGUUGACUAGUGCUUACAGAAUGUGUAUUUCAAAAGCCCCACGGCCCCAUUCCAUUGGAUCCAUUGGCUGGGUAGUUCCUGUCUCCAUGGCCCCCUACCGGUCUUAUUCUACAAACAUCAAAGUUCGUUCCUACCUACAGUACAUGAAGCGGAAGAUCAAGCCCCCACCAAGUCCUCCAUACCCCCAUGUCUGCCAGGUGGGUGAACCGGUGCUGCGAGCCCAGGCUGCAGCGGUGGACCCUGGGGCAGUACAGGGUCCGGCAGUUCAGGAGGUGAUCCACACCAUGGUAAAGGUGAUGCGGAAAUUUGAAUGUGUGGGACUGAGUGCACCUCAAGUUGGAGUGCCACUUCGUAUCUUAGCUCUGGAGUUCCCAGAGCGCAUGUUGGAGGACAGCUUGCCUGCUGCACGUGAAGCCCGUGGUCUGACCGCUGUGCCUCUGCGGAUCUUUAUCAACCCCCAGCUGCGAGUCCUAGAUGGACGCACAGUUUUGUUCCAGGAAGCCUGUGAGAGCAUCUCGGGGUUCUCGGCCACUGUUCCACGCUACCUCUCUGUGGAAGUCUCAGGCUUGAAUGAGAAGGCGGAGCCUGUGACCUGGCAAGUGAGCGGCUGGCCCGCACGCAUCCUACAGCAUGAGAUGGAUCACUUGGAUGGAGUCCUAUACAUUGACCGCAUGGACAGUAAAACCUUCAUUAACGUGAACUGGGCAGCAAAGAACGAGUAGCCGUUUCAAACAAACCUAGUCACCCUGAUUGACCCACAGCACUUAAAGACAGUUCUUGGACAUAACAUGGCAGCAGAUAAGACCAUUCUGAAACCUUUCCUUUGACUGAUUAAACUGUAAAUUCUUAAUAAUAAAUAAUGUAUUUAUGAAGGCA